CAUUCAUGUCCCAGAGUCGAACCGCAGCCUGUGCUUGAUUAUCUGUGUUCUGGAGAGAAAAGUAAGACGCAGCCUGCAGUGUUUUUUAUCAGCGGUAAAAUGAGAGAAGUGAGUUCUGAAGACAGAUGGGGAGCUGAGAUGACUGCUCUUUGACGGAGGAGGAGGGAGCACACGUGACACGUCAAAUGUAAAGGACAACAAUCCGUGUGCUAAGAAUGACUGAAACUCCAAUAGAACUUGAGACAGGCAGCUGGCCAAUGUCGUGAUAAUAUGUUGUACUAUUCUACUGAAGUAGGACACAGAUGUCAGUGGAACUAUCUGUUAAGCAGUCACAGUCAGAAUCUGGGAGGGGGCUCCAGCCUCCACCUCUGUUUCAGCUGCCACUCACCGCCCAGGAUCCCUUCGACAACGAUCAACAAACGCAGCUCCAGCUGUCAGAGUCUAACCCCGAGGCCCAGCAGCAAGCAAAGCCGAGGUGGAUAAAUCCUCGACGGCUGCUUCUCCUCCUUUUGGGCUUCUCCUUAAGUAGUGCCAUUCUGGGACUGUUUUAUUACAUGCAUUAUAAUCAUCAAAAACGCAAUAUCCAGACAGUGACUCCAUGUCUCUCUCCAGCCUGUCGCUGGGCCUCAGCCCGUCUGUCCAUGUCUGCCGAUCCCUUCACGCAGCCCUGCGAUUACUUCUUGUUCGCAUGUGGAUCUGAUGUACUUUCCCCAGAGAAGGGGGGGAGGCAAAGAGGGCAAGGCAUCCCUGGGCAUCCGCAGAACCAGAAAGAAAAUGCUGGGAGGACCGAGAGGAAAGGACAGAGAAAAGAGAAAAUACCGGACAGAAGAACAGUGCUGCUGCAAUAUCUCAGGGAGAUUUUAGGUAAAGCAGAUGACAGACCGGCUAGUACAGCGGUCCAAAAGGCCAAAGCAUUUUACCGUUCCUGUUUGGACACCAAAUCCAUUGAAACAGCUGGAGCAGACCCUUUCCUCACACUCAUCCAGAAACUCGGUGGCUGGGCCGUAUCGGGCCAGUGGAAUCGGACCGACUUUAACUCCACCUUGAGCCUGCUCAUGAGAGACUACGCCACCUUUCCAUUCUUCAACCUCUACGCGGGAAAAGACCCCAACGAAAUGCCCCGCGAGACAGCUAAAAGAUAUAUACAGAUCGAUCAGCCAGAUCUGUUGAUCCCCGUCCAAUGGAACAGCAAGACACUGAAGUCUCAAGCUGAAACGCAGACGCUGCGGCCCUUCUUGGAAUCGUGUCAGAGGUACCUGUCCUUGUUGGGGGCCCCUCCCAGCCGCAGCAUGAUCCACGUGGGCACGUUCAUCUCUCUGUCCUCUGAGCUCGCCGUGGCGGCGGCACCUUUGCGCUUUCGCCUUUCGAGAGGACAGCUUUAUCAGCGCACGACCAUCGGAGAACUGCAGAAACAGGCCCCGGGCAUCGAUUGGCUGGGCUGUCUGCGGGCCGCUUUCCAUCCUCUGCCGCUCUUCAAAGACGACCAUGUCCUUCUGCACAAUUUACCCUACAUCAUGCAAAUGUCCCGCACCAUUGGCAAAUGGCUGGUCAAGCACGAGCUGAGCACCAGCAGCCCCGUUCAUACAUACAUGGUCCUCAAUCUGCUGCACACCCUGAUACCUGCCCUGGACUCCAGGUUUUCGGAAACGGCGAAUAAUUUGUCUUUGGCUCUGGGUGAGGCUGGAGGGGUAGCCGAUCGCUGGAAACGUUGUGUGUCGGAAACCGAGAGAGGAUUUGGCCACGUCCUUACACACCUUCUCAGUGAAAGGACAGCGCGCAGAGAGGCAGAGGAGAUUAUUCAAAAUAUAUUUUCAUCCUUCAAGUCCACAUUACGUGAACUCAAAUGGACAGAUCAGAAGUCUCUCCAGUUUGUCAUGAAGAAGGUUGAGCCUUUGAUUCCAAGACUUUGGACUACAAAAGAGAUCUCUAGUGAGGCUGAGCUCGACCUCCUUUUUUCCAAGGUAACAGUCGGCACAAAUAGCUUCUUCUCCAACUAUGUCCAGUUACUUUCCUUUCGGCGAAAGAGACGCAAUGAACUCUUGACUGGGCGGGCUGAGGCGGCUGACAGUCUGUCUGUCACGCCAUUUCUCCUUGGUGAUGAGCUCCUCUUUCCCAUGGGAAUGUUCAUCCCUCCUCUCUUCCAUCCUACCUAUCCCAGGGCAAUGAAUUAUGGUUUGAUGGGUUUCCUUAUUGCCAAAGACAUCCUCCACCUGAUUUUGCCUGAUGUUUACUCUCAGAGUGAGAUGGUGCACGCUGUUGGCGAAUGUGUGUGGGCUCACUACCUCGCUGUGACAAAAGGAGAAGCGGGCGGCGGUGGGGAGUUUUCUCUGUCAGCGGCGCAGCGGCAGGAGGUGUGGGUGCAGUAUUCUGCACUGCAGAUAGCAUUGCAGGCUUAUCAUCAGAGUCUAAAGAACCACCCAUGGGACACGUCCAUCUCAGGACUAUCACACACACGCCUGUUUCUCACAUCUUUUUCACAGGUUCACUGUGACUCAGACGCGUACAGCCAAUUCAUGCCCUUAGAGCCUUCCUUCUUGAUUACAGUUAUUUGCUCAAAAUCUGACCUGUGUCCUGAAAGCCUGCAGUGCCCCAAUAAAACUCAGCAGCAUUCAUUAGAAACAUGCUGAGUAACGGCUCAUCAAGGUUUUUUUUGGUUUGUACAGGAAUGAUUAUUAUGGAUUUUUUUCUGGCCAAACCUGUUGCUUAAGAAAUAAAUGUGACAUUCACAAACUGUUGUUGCAGAGACAGUAUAGUAUGUUUAUAGCGUGAGUAUGUACUGGUAAAGAAAAACCUGACAUUUUUUGUAUCACUUGUUAUUCUGAAGAUAUGUUUGGAUUUCCUAUAUUACACGAUUACACGCACGGGCUUUUGCAGAGUUAUAUUUACAAAAUAAACAUUUUAAAAACUAUUUUCCCUCCACGUUUUCACAGAUCUACUCUCUCACUUUUCAUGCUAAGAACGUUUAGCUUUAAAUGAGCUCGUCUCCUUGGUAACACUCACCUCUGACAGCAACAACGUAAUUGUUAUUAUUUAAAAAAAGAAAUUCGGCUAUAUUUGAGUGUAAAACUCUGCGGCAAUCAGCUGGAGAAUUGAGGGGAUUUCUCACUAAAAUAUAAAAUGCGAUAAAAAAGAAAAAAUGCGGAAGAAAGCCACGCACAAAAUAGCCGCCGUUAACACAUUUCCAGCAAAAGACAGUGCAGGGUUAAAGGCGACAACACGAGCAACGACGACUCCGGCGGGGAAAGGACUCGGAAAAGCUGGAGCCAAACGUCUGGGCCAACUUCUGAAACGAGCCACCGAGAACCAGGAGGCCACGGAGGAGGAAAAGGCUUCUCUGCCGAGAACUCCUGUUCGUCUUUUCAAGCAUCGGAUUCAAACUGCAGCUGAGAAUGCAACGAGGACCCACGCGUCCCCUCACGUCCCCCACCUCAUCCUCGGUGUGGUUUCCCAAUGCAAGCUGCAGGGUGGCAUCUGCAUGGCAGAACUCAGGCAGUUGCUGGCUGCUGGAGGCUUUGAUGUCACCCAGAACAAGUGGCAGGUGAAUCAAAGGCUGCCUAAGAAAGAGACAGUAUCUCAAACUACAAGGAACUCCUCAUCCAGGCUCAACGAUAUGAAACAGAUAGAGGCAAAGCAAGUAAGGAUGAGUACUGUGGAAUCCCCAAACUCAAAAACUAAUCUGAGGCAGAGAGCUAGCACAUCUCCAAAAGGAGCAGAAAUGUCACAGAAGCAGGCCAAAAGGACUCCCAUAUCAGAAAGAAAGACUCUCAGAGAAGUAACCAAAAGACAAAAACUAACUCUGAAGACUCGCAAAGCGGCAGCCAAAUCACGUAAACCAAGAAGGAAGACACCCCAACCCAAAGGAAAAUCACCCAAGCCUGCAGGAAAGGAAAGCAGAUCGUCAACUAACCAAGCAGCCCAAAAAGUACGGAGAACCAAUAGACGUCCCCAUCAGACUCUCCAGAGAAGACAGCCAUCAAGACGCAGGCCAAGAUUAAAAACAGGACGACGGGGUGCGAGGAGAAAAGCUGGUUACUACUAGCAUUGUGAUUUAGGGUGAGAGGUACUAAAACUAAAACCUUU